AAUGGCCUAGAAGAUCAGCUGAUGAACUUGGCCUUAUUAAGUAACCCACAUGACAUGAUGGAGGCAGCCAGGUAUUAUGAGGACAAGCCAGGGUGCCAGGACAAGGCUGUCAUGCUGUACCAUAAGUCUGGCAACUUCUCCAAAGCACUAGAGUUGGCCUUCACUACCAGGCAGUUUGGUGCUCUGCAGCUCAUUGCUGGGGACCUGGAUGAGAAGACAGACCCUGAACUGUUACAGCGCUGUGCUGAUUUCUUCAUGGAAAAUGGACAGAAUGAUAGAGCUGUGGAUUUACUGGCAAUUGGAAAGAGGUACUGGGAAGCAUUAAAACUGUGUGCCCAGCAUAAUGUGCCCAUGACGGAGGAACUGGGAGAGAAACUGACCCCACCCAAAGCCAUGGCUGAAAAUGAACAAGAGGAGAGAACCAAAGUACUGGAGGGAAUUGCAGAGAUCUGCCUGCAACAAAGACAGUAUCACAUAGCUACAAAGAAAUACACACAGGCUGGGAAUAAGAUUAAGGCCAUGAAAGCACUCCUUAAAUCUGGUGACACAGAAAGGAUAGUGUUCUUUGCUGGAGUGUCCAGACAGAAGGAGAUCUACGUGAUGGCAGCCAACUAUUUGCAGUCCCUAGACUGGAGGAAAGACCCAGAAAUCAUGAAGAAUAUCAUCGGGUUCUACACCAAAGGCAGGGCACUAGAUCUACUGGCAGGCUUUUAUGAUGCUUGUGCACAGGUUGAAAUUGAUGAAUACCAGAACUAUGACAAAGCUCUGGGUGCCUUAAACGAAGCCUACAAGUGCAUGGCCAAGGCAAAGAUGAAGAACCAGUCUCUGCAAGAGGAAAAGCUGGCUGCUUUUAAACAGAGGAUAAAUCUCAUUAAGAAAUUUGUGCAAGCUAGAAGAGUGUAUGAUGAAGAUCCAGAUGAGGCAGUGAAGCAGUGUCAGGUAUUGCUAGAGGACCCAGACCUGGACAGUGCUGUCAGAAUGGGAGAUGUCUAUGGUUUUACUAUUGAACACUAUGCCAGGAAGGAGAAAUGGAAAGCUGCUUACUCAACUAUGGAGGAGAUGCGCAACAAGAUUCCCACAGUCAAUAUGGCAUACUAUGUAAACAUGAGGACAAUAGAGGCCAUCCAUCAGGCACUGGACAUUCCACUAGGACGUGGUAUCGGAGCUGAGAGGACAAAUGGAGUUCGUAGCGCAUCACCAGAGGAGGAUGGAGAAGAGUUUGUGGAGGAAGAGGUCGCUGAUUUCACUGAGGAUUAGUUGUCUUUAUUAUGAGAUGAAGAGGACAUGAAGUUUGUGGAAGAAUAAAUAUCUGCCUUUACGAGGUUAAGAGUUUUUCAUUAUUGGAGUAGGAUGAUCAACUUUGUGGAAGAAGAGGCUGAUUUUCUGCUGAUGUGUUUAUUUCUUAAAGUAAUAUUUAUUGUAGUUUAAUUUAACUGGAAUUUAGCUGAAACCAUCCACCCAGGUAUGUAAAUAAAAACAAAUUGAAUUUUCAUGCCAGGACCAUUUUGAUAAAAGUUUUCAAUCCAUGUCCAUAAUGCACUUUGUGCACGUGAUGUUCUUCUAUACACCGUCCAUAAAUACGUCCUUUUUGAAAAGGGUGGCAUUUCACCAUUUUCAGUGGUAUUCAUGAUAGCACAUAAGUGGACUUUUAUAAGAACAACAAUUUGAAUCCUGAAGUCUGUGACUUCUUGUUUAAAGCUUAUCUCUCAUUCUUUACCUCUAAUGAACUGCAAUGUGUAUAUUUUUAAAAACAAUAAUGAUUUUAAGUUGAAUGAGCCAGUUAUUGAUUGGCUGCUUUUUUCUACUAUGAAAACAAUAUAUUUUGUUAAAUGGAAAUCCUUGAAAGGUUCAAAAUUUUCCACCACGAGUUAGAAGGGUGCAGGUGGACUUUUUUGGGAUUAUAAGAAUUAAAGUACACUACAGUAUAAUGCUGAACAAAGGAAGGAACAAAAAUUGAAAUAUAUGAGGAGUGAAAGGAAAGCAAAAGUUGUAGCUGCAGACUAAGGCUUGUAGGUCUUGUUUUUAUGAAAACAUUUAUAGAUGUUUAAAUUAUCCUGAUCUCAUGUCAGUCAUAUUGUAUACACAUUUUAUGUGGAUUUUCAACACAAGUGCUCUUCAUUAUUAAAUGUUUUAUGUCCUUUUAAAUGUACUUUAAAAUCAGUUAUAUGGCAAUCCAUUUUCUUGAUUUUUUUCCUUGAAAUUGGAGAUAA